CGAAGAACUCGCAUCAGUACCGUAUUACAUGGGCAGCCCAACGACUCCGCACUGAUUUUCUUUUUUGUUGAAUCYUCAGUUGAGAGUACGACCAUGGAUAGAUUUCGAAGGCUGGUGACAUUUAAAUUUACAGCGUUCGCUUUGAUUUUAACAAAGGCAAUUACAACAGCGACCAAAGUUGUAUCGUCGGAUCGCCAACCCCAGAGCCCAUCCAUAAAACUAUUAACCGAAAACAAUGGCAAUAUCGACAACAAUGACGACGACGAUGGACACACGAGCUAUGGUUCGUCUUACAUUUCCCACGAGGGCAAUUCGACGCUGUCAGCAACCUUUUCAAUCCGCGUCACACCCGAACACUACYGCAUCAUCUCUUGGACAUUUUUGUGGACUGGUUUUGCGGCUGCCGUCCUCUUCGGUAUGCACCAGAUUCGACUGGAACGUAAGUGGAUAAAACUCGUCACAUCCUCACGGAAUUUCUCCCAUACAAACGGAUCGUUGUCCCAGGGCUCGUCUUCGGCGGCGUUGCGAUCCCAGUCAUACUCGAGGCUACGGAAAUACUCCGUAGUAAAUCAAGGGCAAAAUCCCGGUGGUGAAAGAAGUCCACAGGAUCCAGAGCUGGGGUUAGGSAGUGGAGGUGGCGGAAUGCGAACUACCUCCAGAGGAGGCAGGAUUGUCCGGACAAGUCGCAGUGGGAACAAUAUCAACAUCGGCAGUGGUUACAGUAGCCGGAUGACACUAAGCUCCUCUACGGCCUCACUCAACAACAGCUCAAAUCCGGACAGUCUAGGGGACGAACAGCCCGUGAGUAGUGGGGAUYUGGCGAGGGCUACGGUACGUCAUAUUCCAUUACGUUUCUUUGGGUCGAAGGAGUUGCUGCUCUUUGGUUCGRCUUGGUUUGGGUUGAGUUUUGGUUCUAUUCAGUUUGUUCGAWCCUUCAGUGUGUGUGUGUGAUACAUUUUAAAUUUUUAACAUCGAUUCGUCUGCUUUUCGAUGUCAACGCGUCUUUUUCCGUAUGCAUGCGAACAAAACACAACUCAUCGCCAAUCCRACCAAUGACUGCCAACUCCAAAAUACAACAAACAACCUCUCAACGAAAUCAAACUUCCAAAAUCAGUUUCGCCGAUUGAUAUUGGUCGCCAUGGCAUCUAGAACCGUAGCGAUACCGAUUCAGGUAUAUAGCGAUCCGUUGUGGGUGCAAUUAAUUGCAGAUACGUUCCCCGUCAUGACCUACGCCACCGCAUGGACCUGGCUGGUCUCAUUCUUCGUACAGUUAGUCACUGUAGCCCUGGGGAGUACCAAUAGCAUCGGUGUAGGGAAUGCUUCCACCGCAGAUAUAAGUGCGAGUGCCAACACGACUAGGUCCCCACAGAGUCCCUACCGACCGGCAGCUCCGAUUGACACCGUCAUCCAAAUCACUGCAUACGUAGUAUACGCAUUGUUGAUCAUUGCUUUUACCAUCUUUCGAAGGAUUGCUGCUGCCGUCUUGCUGUAUGCGUUGCUGUGCUGCGUUUACGCGACCCUACUAGGAACUGCCCUAUAUUUUUGUCCACGUCUUUUGGCCCUGUUGCUGUCGGGAUUGGACGGGAAAUGGCAUUCGCCCCUGGUCUUGCGGCUGGUCGCAUGCAGUGGGGUUUCGUUGCUGGUUUUUGCGGCACGCACCUUCUGUUUUGCGAAAAAAGUUGUCCAGUCAACGAAACCCUUGGGUAGAAUGAGUGGAGGACCCUACUGGUGGUUCCAGUAUGGGGCAUUAGAAUUGCUACMGGGAGUCUUGUUUUUGGUACUCCUUCAUCCGAAACGGACGGCUGCACCGAACAGCGCAAAUACUUCCAGUGGCAACAACGGUUCGACGAAAUCCAGCAGUAGUGGUAGCAGUAGUGGAAGGAUUAAUCAGUACCCUACUGUAUCUGGGUUUGGCGGCGAGAGAGGCGAUCCGCACCCAUCCGGGCGACGCACACCGCCCUUUUAUUCAUCAUAUCAACGCUCCGACUCGAAUGAUUCAAAGCCUGGAACUCCCUCCCCGUCUCCAACGCCACCAGUGAUGUCACAAACAAACGUAACAAUUAGCAUAAACACAAUUGGAAACA